AAGUAGUAUGGAAACUUGCUGAUAAAUUAACCACUACAUUUCAACUAUCUGAUCCAACAAUUCAUGAACUUUUUAAGGAUUCAAAAGAAAUAAAUGAAACAGGAUUUCUUCUAAUUGCAACGUGUUAUGCAAAAGGUAUAGAAAAAUUAAACCUAAUCUAUAAUCAAGAAAUAUUAAAAACUGAGAAAAAAGACAUCAAGGGCCGAAGAA